UUGAUCUGCCAUGAUGCCAUCAGGCAUUUCUUCAGUACACGUGCUACAAUUCAAGCAGCAACAUUGUUUUUAUAUAAAUCACGAUGGCUACAGAAAGUUCUACUACUGGUGAUAAGGAUUAUCAAUUUCAUAAUAAAGUUUACAUCAUUAUAAAGAAUAUUUGACUAAAUUCGGACCGAACGUAUCGAAUUUACCUUGAAAUGUCUGCAAAAAAUGAUUCGCAUAAUGCCAUGGAAAGAUUUUGUCUUCAGUUCGAAUAGCUUAUAUGAGGGACUUUUAAUGGUUUAUCGUGUAUCCAGCGAUGAAACGAAAGAACAAUUGAAAAGUAUUCUCAAAUUACCGAUACAUCUUGGAACAAAAUUCUGGGCAUUAGAUAGAAUAGUGAAGAAAAGAGAAAAGAAAAUGUUCCAGGUUACAGGGAUGAAAGAGUGUUUUUGCAGUGAGCAUAGUUGUUGGAUUAAUGACACCAAACUUUAUAAAAACAAUAAGUACAUAACUCCUGAAAACUACAAAUUGUUUAAUUGUUCCAAUAUGUAUAAAGUAAUAAAUGAUAUUAACGAAAAAUUGAAAAGCGAGAUGCAGGCUUACAUCUCUCAACCUGUGAUAUUUAACACAAUCAAUAACAAUAUGGAAUUGAUUCUUUCGUAUGGUCUUUGGUUUAAAGACAACCGUUUUGUUGAGACAAAAUAUAAAGGAACCUACAUAUCUCACGAACUAAGCAUGUUCAUGACUAAGAUAGUGUUUGUAAACGGGAUGUGUAUGAUCAUGUUAUUUCCCGCUGUGCAGGAAGAUAUAAUAGCUAAUAAAUAUACAAUUGGUGAAGACAUUUCUGGAUUGGUCGAAAGAUUGACAACUGAAAAAGGAGUCCAUACGUUUUGUAACAUGCUAACUGACAGAGAACUAAAAGAAAUGUUGCCGGAAGAAUAUACGGUAUAUCCCGAUGUCUUCGAAUUGGAGUACGAAUUGCCGAUCGAUCAGUUGUUCGAAAUGUUGGACAUCAAACAUGUAUUGAGCCCCGAGAAUGCCAGUCUGUUUGGUUUUACUGAAGAAAAUCUGCAUCUCGGCGGUGCAUAUCAUCGUGCAUAUAUCAAGUUCACAUUAAAGAACGCUACUGCUAAUGCAAUUAAUGUAUUCUUUACCAAAUCCGGGGGGUCUCUUACAUCACUUCAGGAACCUAGCAAUUGCACUCACAAUCAGUGCAAAAAAUCAUUUGUCUGGUUGAUAUAUAGCGACUCUAAAAGAAGUAUCCUUUUUACUGGCGUUGUCAAUAAAAAUUGUUAAGUGACGUCUUCUUCAGUUUCUGUUUGAAAUAUUGUGAAAACAAAGUAGUACAGCGAAACUUAUUCAUAAUCUUGUGAAGUAUUUUUAAUAGUUUGUAAGUGUCAAUGCGUCAUAAUAUAAAAAUUAUAAAUAAUAAUUGUAAAAGCAAAAUUUUGUAGGAACAUUACGUGUUAAAAAUAUUUGAAAUUAGUAUAAAAUUUUUGUGUUAUUAAAUUUAGAUGAUAAUAUAAUAAUUACAAUUGAACAACUGUGUUGCGAUAGAUGAAUUAUUAACGUU